GCUGCGGCAGCGGGCUCUGUUUGUUGCAGCCGGCUACGCCCUGAGGCUCACCAAAAACAGCCGCAAAAAACAGCCAUUUCCUCUGUGUGGAGAGACAGAGGGGGGGCAGAAAACCCUUCUCCUCACAGCGGUCUCUGCUCCCUGGUCGCUGCCCCUCGCGGCUUCCACAUUGGGAACGGGACACCGCAAAUUCCUCAAGAGACCCUGAGCUCCGUGGGUGUCUCUGGGGGAUGAAGAGAGCAGAGUCCGGCUCGGCUUUGAAGAUGACCGUGCUCAGCGUGCGGGCGAGUUUCUGAAGGCUGCCCCGGGGAGGCUGCGGGCGCCGCGGGCGCCGCCAAAGCCGCACGCCGCUGUCAAGCAUUGUGCCGCUCACAUCCCCGCAGCUGCUCGGGCUCUCCCGCCGCGGGACCGGAGUCUUUCUGGCUGCACCUCGUGUCCCAAGGAAUGGACCUCCCCAUCUCGCAGUUCACCACUGGGCUGGCGUUGCUCAUCAAAGUGCAAGAAGGCGGAUAAGCCGAAGCCACGAAGGGCAGAGCUGCCUAGGAGAGCUGCUUGGCGUCUGUGUUUUAUGGAUUUCUCCCACCUACCUCUCCACAGUCUUGUUUGCUUGAUCAGAAGCGCCUCAGGAAUCGACAUUGAGAAUGAACGGUGAUGUGCUCUAGCAGCCCAUAACACUGCAGCGAAGCCAGGCCCGACUUCCAUGUGCCGCAGCUGACUGAGACCUCGCACACACACGGGCAGCGAGCUGACAGUCAGAUAUGACUGUCCAGAAACUGGUAGCCACAGCUGUGUUGGUAGCCCUGGUCUCGCUCAUUCUCAACAACGCGGCUGCCUUUACUCCCAACUGGGUGUACCAGACGCUGGAGGACGGGCGCAAGCGCAGCGUGGGGCUCUGGAGGAUGUGCUGGCUGGCGGAGAAGGGCCGAGCGGGCACGGGCUCCCGGCACGGGCACGGGGAGGAGCGCGAGUGCGAGGGCCUGGGCUGGGGGGCCGAGGCAGCCGGAUUCCAGGAGUCCCGCAGCACCGUCAAACUGCAGUUCGACAUGAUGCGCGCCUGCAACCUCAUCGCCUCCGUGGCCCUCACCGCCGGCCAGCUCAUCUUCGUCCUCGGCCUCCUGGAGCUGCCCCUCAUUUCUCAGGACACCCAGUGGUGGGAGGAGGCCAUAGCUGCUGUCUUCCAGCUGGCGAGUUUCGUUCUGGUUAUUGGAUUGGUGACUUUCUACCGCAUCGGCCCGUACACCAACCUCUCGUGGUCUUGCUACCUGAACAUCGGAGCGUGUCUUUUGGCCACGCUGGCGGCUGCCAUCCUCAUCUGGAACAUCCUGCACCGGCGAGAGGACUGCAUGGCGCCGCGCGUCAUCGUCAUCAGCCGCACGCUGACCGCUCGCUUCCGCCGCGGCCUCGAGAACGACUACGUGGAGUCGCCCUGCUGAGCGCCCAGGAGCGCCGCACUGCAGCUGCUCUCCGUAAAUAUCUGCCAUAAUUUAAAACCAAGGGUUGAAGGACACCACAGCGCUUGCUCUUGUGGGCAGAGGCCCUCCAUUAUUAUUUGGAUGGGUUCCAUCUAUAUACA